AACAGAGAGCUGAGGAGAGCUCAGACAGGACGAACCGCAACCAGACAAAGCGGAGCGAUUUCAGCACCAGCCCCGAGCGGACAGCGACACACGUAGCACCACAGCAAACUUUUCAUCAUGGUUCUCAUCUGGACCCAGUUCGGUGUGAAGCACAAAAAUGUCAAUGUCAAGUGCAAAGUGCGAGUUAUGCACAGGGGUGACAGCUCCGGAUCAUCAUCAUCAGCGGAAAGCACUAGGUCAGAGCAGGACACGCCCUCUCUGCCCAUCAAACCUGCAGGCAAAGACUUCUAUAAAGUCCUGGGUGUCUCCCCUGAAUCCAAUGAAGAUGAGAUUAAGAAAGCCUACAGGAAAAUGGCCCUCAAGUUCCACCCAGACAAGAACAGUGAUGCCGAUGCGGAAGACAAGUUCAAAGAGAUUGCAGAGGCCUAUGAGAUCCUGACUGACCCCAAAAAGAGAAGCAUAUACGACCAGUUUGGAGAGGAAGGUCUUAAAAAUGGAGGCAACAUUUUCCGCAACAGUUUCCACAGUGACCCCCACUCCACCUUCUCUUCCUUCUUCAAUGGCUCCGACCACUUCGACAUCUUCUUCGGCAAUGAAUUCGAUGGUGACGAUGACCUCUUCAACCCCUUCAGACGGUUCACCUUCAGCCAUGUGAGCGGGGUUCCAGGCCACGAGGGCGGUCUGCGAAAAGGCCAGAGGCGGUUGCAGGGUGAAGUGGUGGUGCACGACCUGCUGGUGUCCCUGGAGGAGGUGAUGCACGGCUGCACGAAGCAUGUGAAGAUCACCCGCAGCCGCCUCAACCCCGACAGCCGCAGCCUAAGAACAGAAGAGAAGGUGCUGAACGUGGUGGUGAAGAAAGGCUGGAAAGCGGGAACCAAGAUCACCUUCCCCAGGGAGGGAGAUGAGACCCCCAACAGCACCCCUGCAGACAUCACCUUCAUCCUCAGGGACAAGGAGCACCCUCAGUACAAGAGAGAAGGCUCCAACAUCGUCUACACAGCCCAGAUCACCCUAAAAGAGGCUCUCUGCGGGUGCACAGUAAAUGUUCCAACACUUGACAACCGGAUGAUGCCUCUACCUUGCAGUGAUGUUAUUAAACCCGGUGCUGUCCGGCGUCUGAGAGGCGAAGGUCUUCCCCUGCCCAAAAGCCCAUCCCAGCGAGGCGACUUGGUGGUUGAGUUCCAAGUGGCCUUCCCCGACAGAAUCCCACCACAGUCCCGAGAGAUCAUCAAGCAUAGCCUGGCCCAGUGCUAGCCUGCUCUACUGAUUCAUGGACACAGCUUCACCGUGUGUUGCUAUCAGUUCACAAACACAGCCUUGCCUAAGGUGCUAUCACAACCAAUCACAACCUCUUAUUGUGUUUGGAAGCAGCAAGUGGCGCUGAAGUGAGUUGUAGACUAGAUGCAACUUUAGGAAGGAGAUGACUUUCUGCAGGUGUUCGGCACAACGCGCAACAACUGUGAUGCCCCAUGAGCAGUGAGUUCAGAGCUGAUUAAUGGGGGUCUUUGGUAUCUGAGGGCAUCCAUUGACUCGAUAGCCUUUCUCUUGAAUGAGUUAUCUGUACUGUUAUACUUGCAAACGUUUUCGCAGGAUAUCAGUGUGCUAUUCAAGUCUGUAUAGACUUCCUUAAACCUCAAUGGUAGAAAAAACAACUUUAGUAUUAUUAUUAUUAUUAUUAUUAUUAUUAUCAUUAUCAUUAUCAUCAUCAUUAUAGUUAUAUGGUGUUCAUAUGACUGAACUUUUGCAUUGAUUUAUUACAAUAGCAAACAUACUUGUGUACAAAGAUCUACUUUGUGUACAAAAUGCUAAAACACUGUCUCUAAGAGAGAUUCAUCUGUCAAAUGUUCUAUUGAAUGAUUUGAAAUGUCUGUAUAUAUUCUGAGCCAGCUGCUGAUGUAUUAUUACUUGAUAUAUAGAAAUGUUUGAAAGCAUGAAAAAUAAAGAAAACUGAGAAUUUGAA